AUGGCCAAGAUAAUAUCGACGAUCAAGGCCAUCCUAACGAGGAUCAUAUUCGGUGCGCACAGUCUGCUGGCCAUUUGGCGGGUGACGACGUUCAAGGACGACAUCAUCUACUGGACACUAUGCGGCCCCCUGCUGCUGCUGCUGCUCGAGGGCAUUUUCACCAUCAUGAUCAAGAAGACGCAGGAGUGGCGUUGGUUCUGCCCCUCGGUGUUUCUAUACCUGAGCAGCAUUGUGCCCGCCAUUUGGUUGUUGGAGCUGGACAAGAUUGAGCGACGCCUGCAGAUAAUAAACGCCCCCCAGACCAGCUCGAAUGCCACAAAUGCGAGCAACUUUAGCAGCAACGGCAGCAGUGGCAGUGGCAUGGAUCCCGUGACAGAUCUGCUGGACGAUGCUGGCAUUAAGCUGCCCGUCAUCACUACGGACACCUGGACGACACUCAUUGAACAGUUCCUGAUGCUCAUUCUGAUUGUGGGCCGCUGGCUGCUGCCCAAGGGCGACCUGACACGGGAUCAGCUCAGUCAGCUGCUGCUGGUGUACAUUGGCACGGCGGCGGACAUUAUUGAGUUUUUCGACUCCUACAAGGAUGAUUCGAUUGCACGGAUCGGCUUUCUGGUCUACCUGACGCUGGGCAUCUGGUCCUGGAGCCUCAUGCAGUUUACAAUUGUGCUAUCGGCGACGCGUGGCCGACGACCCCGUGGCAGUGGCUCACACCAGAAGGAGGAGCACACGGACUGCUGCCAAAACUGCUGCUGUGGCAUCGAUGUGUGGGGCAUUGUGCUCAAUGUCAUACUGCAGGACGCUCCCUUCCUCACCUUCCGCCUGCUGAUCAUUUUCCAGUACAAGAUCAUCAACUACAUGAAUGUCUUCUUUACAUGUAAAAACUCUCUGGUGAUCAUACUGCAAUUGUAUCGACUGUACGUGGUCAAUGCUGAAUUCUGGAAGAGUCGUCGCGAGAGCCGCAUGGCCAAGUCGCGUCAGUUCCAGUCGCGUCGGCGAGUGCAGGAGGCGGACCAAAACAGCAUUUACAUGAUAUCCAAUGAGCGUGGCGGCGAUGUUAAAAAGAAAAUCAAAAAGGCCAAGGACAAAGACUAUGCCAUACAGGAGGCAAGCUAUAGCAAAAAGAAAAAGGACAAAAAGGACAAGAAAAAGCGCAAACGAAAGGACACUGGCUACUCGACGGCCAGCUCACAGAAUCUCUAUUCCACCAGGGCCAGCGGCACCGAGAAGGACCCACGGCGCAAGGACAAAAAGGGCAAGAAGUCGUCAAAGCGCAUCUGCAGCAGCUCGCCCAGCGACUGCGACCUGGCCAUGGCCAAGAAGCAGAAGCGCGCCAAGAACGCGGACAAAAAUGAUAAGAAGAAAGCCCGCAAGAUCGAGGCGGCAGUUAGUGAGGAGUCGAGCGGCUCCAGCAGCAGCUCCUCCGACUCCAGCAAUUCGACGCUGCCCAGCUACGAGGUGAUUGACGAGAAGAAGGCCAAGGCCCGGCGGCGCAAGCAGCGGGGCGGCAGUAGCAGCAGCAGCGACAGCAGCUCCUCUGAAAGCAGCUCGGGCAGCUCCUCCUCCUCCUCGUCCUCAUCGUGA